AGUCAUAAUAAGAGAGAGGCCCUUAUCCACCCUCUCUGCAGUCGCACUUCUUCCCAGCAGCUGCACCCCUCCCCGGCUCAAUAGCCAAAACCCUCUUCCAAGCUAAAACCCUCGAAUCCACCCGACACGUUCGAAAAACUCUAUCUCAAACCAUACUCGCACACUCUCAGCAGCCCAGAAACGCUCACGAAUUACACCCUUUUUUCUCCCCCCUUCAAUUCCAGCCACCGAGCAGUCCUGUUAAUACGGUUUGAUCCUCCGUUUGUUUCGUCGAUACUUAUGUCAUAUACAUACUUCUUGAAUUGAGAUGGCAUCUGUUUCGGCAACUUGGUUGUUUCAAGAUAGAGGAUUGGGAGUUAUAGCUUCUGCCGAUGGCUUUGGUGCUGGGAAGCUGCAAUCCAAUCACUUUCAGUCAUCAUUUAUAGGUUCAUUUCCAGCAGGAGUAUUGCAAAUUAGACUUUGCUUGAAUAAUUCACAGAGGAGGGCUCUUCUACCGCCUUGUAUAAAGUGUGAGAAGGAAGAUGAAUCAUUCAAAGAAGUGUCUAUUGAGCGUCCACCCUACUAUAGUUACUUGGACUCCACAUCUGGGCAGCUUGAACCAGCAUCUGGUGCUCGUGCAAGUAUUCCAGAGCAGGAGUAUUGGCCAGAAGGCACAGCUAGUCGAGUGAAGAGUGCCAGGGCUCCUGAGCCAACUGGUAAAUCAUUAGGAUCUCCAUCUUAUGGAAAAAAUCCUGGCAGUAGGAGAAAGAAGUAUAAAACAUUGGUUACUGCUCCUGAAUCUUCUAAUGUGAGUCUAGAAAUGAGUGAUCCACUGGAACCUGAAAGUUCAGUGGACACAACGGAAGAGCCUAAAGAUUUAUCUUCUGAUUAUGUUGUUUUUCAAACUGAACCCGAGCAAGAAGAAACUGGAUAUGAACUAGACAAGAAACUUGGACGCCCUCAUCCCUUUAUUGAUCCAGAAGUGAAAAAGCCCAUAGAGAAGCCACUUACUGGUGAAGAAAUAUGGUGGAACUGGAGAAAGCCAGAGAAGGAGCAAUGGUCCAGAUGGCAAAGAAGGCGACCUGAUUCUGAGACGGUUUUUCUCAAAGCAAUGGCUGAGACUGGGCAAGUGAAGCUUUAUGGUGAACAUCCGACAUUAACUGAAACUUCUCUCUACAGGGCUAGACGACAUCUGUUCAAGGAAGAAAGGCUUCAAGCAGAACAAGAGAGACUGGAAAAAGUAGGUCCAAUAGCAUAUUACUCCGAAUGGGUAGAAUCAUGGAAAAGAGACACUUCGCGCGAAGCUGUUGAGAAACAUUUCGAAGAGACUGAUGAAGAUGAAAACACCCAACUAAUUGAAAUGUUUUGCCAUCAAACAGAUCGAGAGUAUCGCAUAAUGAUGGGAACUGAUAUCCGUAUUCGUAGGGAUCCUCUAGCAAUGCGAAUGAAGGAGGAUCAAAUAAAGCAAAUAUGGGGUGGGGAUCCAGUGUAUCCAACGGUGAACUACAUUCAAGACCCUGAUGAAGAGAUUGAUUUCAGGGGCCCAGAUUUUCAUGAACCUACACCCAAUAUGCUUGCUUAUCUGAAGGAGCAUGGAAAAAUCAUAUCAAGAGAGGAGCUUGAAAAGAUGCUGGCAAACGACAAGACUGAAGAGUUAGAGGUAACAGAUAUGGAUGAUGCUUUGGCACGAGCAGUUGACAUUGGUGAAGAGGAUGAUGAAGGAGAGGAUAGUGAUGUUGAGGUUGAGGAAGAAGAGGACGAGAAAAUCACACGCAAUUGGAGCGUCUUGAAAAGUACUCCAGAGCUUCGCAAAUCCAAGGGAAAGCCGAAGGACAAUUCCAUGUCUCUGGACGAAGCCAUUGGUGACUCUGAAAACCUGACUGAUUUUCUACUAGACUUCGAAGAAGAUGACUGAUCUUAUCUUUGCUUUUGAAUUUUUUACGACAAGUUUCACUAAACUCCGAGAAAUGGUGACUAGGCAUAUAUAUGGUGAAAUGUAGCUGUAGAAUUAUGAUUCA